AUGGAUUUAAAUAGUGGAAAACCGCUUUCACCAUGGAAAGUUCCAUCACGAAUAUCAUUAAAACGUAUUCGUCAUAAAAUCAAUUCAGAUCUAUCUCUUCAAACACUUUCAUCACAAGCAAAUGAAAGAAAUUCUCAGAAAUUCAAUGCAAAACGGAAUCGUCCGAUGAUCAAUAAAUUCGCCUUGGCGCGUUCAAUUUCAACACCAACGUCGGAUGAAAAUGUGACACCAAAUCUUCCCCCUCCAACAACAACAACAGCAGUUGAAAAGAGUAAUGACGAACAUCUUCUUGCUAAACUUCACCAAAUUAUGCCGCCACCGUCAGCGGUAAUCGCCAAUGACCAACAUUUUCAAUCAACAAUGAGAAGCUUCUCACUGGAAGAAUCAUUUGAUCCGGCCGAGAUAAAUAAUAAAGCGUCGGAUGAAUUCCUUCUUGCAUUUCCAAUUGAUUGGUCAUUGAAAUCCUCUUGUCGAUUUCAUUCAUUGAAUCCUUCAUCAGGAUUUUUAAACCAAUUUAUGAAGCUUCGUUCAGCUGAUGAAGCUCUUGCUCUAGAAUACAUUUGUUCCAAUAAAGAUCAAGAGAACGAGAAGGCUCUUUUUCGUUCCUUAACAUCCUACUGGACAUAUCCACAUAUUUCUUGGUUAAAACUAUUUCCACGUUCACAACAACAACAACAACAACAAAGCAAUGCAAGUUUUGCACCUUUGGACGAACAAGCACAACUCGCGCUUCAAGAUGAAUGGAAAAGUGCAUUUCAAUCACUUUUUCAAGCAUUUAGAACUAAAUAUUGCACGUUCUUUUACAUGUGUACACACACGUUCAACAUCUUAUUUCGAGAAGAUUCAUCGUCACAAAUUGUUGCUGUAAUUAGCCCAACAACGAGCGGCUUAAGAGCAACAUUCGAACGUGAGGGAAUCGAAUUUACAAUGGCUGAUGGUGACGAUUCGUUGAGUAAAAAUAAUGAGGAAGAAGAAGACGAUGAUAAUGCUGAUGAAAAUGAUGCAUCAUGCGCACAGUGGUUAGAAGAUAUAGGUUUAUCUGCUGCAUCUUCAACAAAUUCAGCAAAUGAUCGUCGCUGUACGUCAACAAAGAAAAAAUCCAACAGUGAUAAAACACGUUCAACGACAAUUCUUAUUCGAGAUUUAUCGUCUGUAAAUAGUUUAUUUAAUUUUCUUUUGAAUAAAUCUCAACGAACAUGUAUGGCCCUAACUGGUUCAUUGACUGGCGUUCCACCAACAUUAAUGUCACCACGUCCAUUUCUUCACUCAUCAUUAAAAUACCUCAACGUUCACUUUCAAUCGAACUCAAUGUUAACAAUUGAUGGUGGACCACUAUUACCUGAUCGAUUGAAAGGUCUUUGGAAUCUUCUUACAGAUAAAAAUGAACAAAUUCAAAUGACAUGUACAAAUGUUGAACGAACAUCAGCAUUGAAUUUCGAUAGUGAACAAAGUCGAACAAUCAAACAAAUUCAACUGAAUGAAAAACGAGAAUUACGUGUACAAUUUGCAACAAUAUGA